AUGGAUCUUGCCAGUUUGAAAGAGGCUGCGUCCAAUUUGUCGUUGUACGAUUUGAAGGCCGGUGUGCGAAAGGUACAAAAUGCUGUGAUGAACUAUACCGAGAUGGAGGCCAAGGUCAGAGAGGCUACGAAUAAUGAGCCAUGGGGUGCUAGUUCUUCAUUGAUGCAGGAAAUUGCCAAUGGCACAUAUAAUUAUCAACUACUCAACGAGAUCAUGCCUAUGAUUUAUAAGAGAUUCACAGAGAAAGCCGCCGAGGAAUGGAGACAAAUAUACAAAGGAUUACAACUACUCGAAUUCUUGAUCAAGAAUGGCUCGGAACGUGUCAUUGAUGAUGCACGAUCCCAUCUAACACUCCUCAAGAUGCUACGCCAAUUUCAUUUUAUCGAUCAGAAUGGUAAAGACCAAGGUCUUAAUGUUAGAAACAGAGCCAAGGAGCUGGCGGAACUUCUGAGCGAUGUCGACCGGAUUCGGGCGGAACGGAAGAAAGCACGAACUACCCGAAAUAAAUAUACUGGAGUUGAAGGUGGAGCAGGAUUAGGUGGUGGAAUGUCAGGUUCCAGUAAAUAUGGAGGAUUUGGGAGUGAGGAACAAGGUGGUUAUGGUGGAUAUAGUGGAGGUGUGUAUGGAGAUGGUGGUGGAUUUGGAGGCCAGACUAGCGACUUUCAAGAUUCUGGCACUCCAGGGGAACUUGGUGGCAGCAGUAGCCGCAGAGACAAUUUUGAGGAAUAUGACGAAUAUGACGAGGGAGCAGCUCCUUCAUCAUCACGAAGACAAGCCGAAAGCUCCUCAGCAUCCUCCAAUCGCAAAAGGGCUGGAACCGAGCGAUCAACGAAAAAAGUCGAACCCCCAAAGAAGAAGGAGCCUGAAGUUGACUUGUUCUCUUUCGACGACCCAAUACCCGUAUCUACACCGGCAAUUGCGCCAGCGGCAUCAAAUUCUCUGGCCGAUGAUGAUGACUUCGAUGAUUUCCAAUCUGCGACUCCCGUACAACCAGCUGCCCCAGCAGCGUUCUCUCUCACAUCACAACCUACCGCUACUACGACCUUUAAUACACAAUAUGCUGCCCCUCAACCAGUCUCGGCACCAAAGGCAGCAAACUUGAGCGAUCUAGUCGGAUUUUCAUCGAUUUCACCAGCAACAAGCACCAAUAACACCCCAGCCAACUAUUCUGCAUUUUCUCCCCCUGCAAUGGCUCAACAACCACGCCCAGUUCAGACGAGUUAUCAAAGUGCACAACCAAAUUAUUUUACGUCAGUUCAAGCUCCCAGCAAACAACCAAACACAAUUUCGGCAACAUCCUCCGCCAAGUCACCUGUAGCUGCUAAAUCAUCUGGAGGAGAUGCUUUUGGAUCCUUGUGGUCUACUGCCAGUGCUGGUGUCAAAAAGACUAGCACUCCCACAACUUCAGGCCCGGCUCUGGGGCAAUUGGCCAAGGAGAAAGCAAGCGCAGGUAUUUGGGGAGCCUCAUCAACAGGAUCAGCCCCUUCACACACUUCACAACAGAAGCUAGGAAAUGGAUUAGAUGAUCUAUUGGGUUGA